UUUUGGUGUUUUUUUGUGUUUUGUUUUUUUUUUUUUGGGGGGGGGGGCAGGAUCGGGCGGAGGGGAAAUGACUCGGCGCCGCCGCCGCGCUUCCUGAGGCGCCGGAGGCUGAGGCCUAGCGGCUGCCAUGGAGCCUGAGCCCGAGCUCGGUGACCUGGCCCCCCCCGGCCCCCCCAGCCCCCUGGAGCCCCGGCUGCGGCGGCUCGAGGAGGAGCUGGCGCUGGUGAAGGCGGCGCUGGGGGACGCGCUGCGGCGCCUCGGCCUCUAUGAGCAGCACCUGCCCCGCCUGCUGCGGCACCUGCCCCACGCCAACGGUGCCAUCCCGGAGCCCUUCGUGCCGCCGGCCCCCCCCAGCGCCACCGGGACCCCCCCCGGCCCCCCCCCUUUGCCGCCCCCCCGGUAUCAGCGUGGGGACACAGACGGACGGGGGGUCCCCAGCGGCGCCUGGGGGCAGUGGGGACCCAGGGGGGCCCCAAGAGCCGCCCCCACCCGGGUCCCCCCCUUGCCCCCCGGCGCCCCCCCCCCCGGCUUCCCCGGAGCCACCGACCCCCGAAUCCCCCCCGGCAGCCCCCCAGGGUGCCCGCAAAGAGCUCCUGCGCAGGCACAGCUCCUCCGGCAGCUCCAGCCCCCGGCGCCGCCUGAGUAGGAAAGCGGCCUCGUCCGCCAACCUCUUGCUGCCCGUGGGGAGCCCCGAGAGCCGCCCCAAGGAGCCCGUCAUGAGCCCAGGGUCACGCCGUGCCAACUACAACCUGGAGGGGGUGUCGGUGAAGAUGUUCCUGCGGGGCCGCCCCAUCACCAUGUACGUGCCCUCGGGGCUGGGCCCCUACGGGGGGCUACGGGCCGAGCUGCCCCCCGAGCGCCUGCAGCUCGACUGGGUCUACGGGUACCGGGGCCGGGACAGCCGCUCCAACCUGCACGUGCUGGCGUCGGGCGAGCUGGUUUACUUCAUCGCCUGCGUCGUCGUCCUCCUCCACGUCCCCCUCCGCCGCCAGCGCCACUACCUGCGCCACAGCGACUGCGUGCGCUGCCUGGCCGUGCACCCCGACCGUCUCCGCGUCGCCACGGGGCAGGCGGCCGGCGUGGACAAGGACGGCAAGCCGCUGCAGCCCGUGGUGCACAUCUGGGACUCGGCCACGCUGCUGACCCUGCAGCAGAUCGGCCUCGGCAGCUUCGAGCGCGGCGUGGGCUCCCUCGCCUUCUCCACGGCCGACCAGGGCGCCCACCUGUGCGUGGUGGACGACUCCAACGAGCACAUGAUGUCGGUGUGGGACUGCGCCCGCGGCACCAAGCUGGCAGAAGUGAAGAGCACCAACGAGUCGGUGCUGUCGGUGGAGUUCAACCCCCAGGACAGCGGCAGCAUCAUCACCAGCGGCAAGUCCCACGUCUACUUCUGGACCUGGAGCGGGGCCGCGCUCACCAAGAAGCAGGGCAUUUUUGGGAAAUAUAAGAAGCCCAAAUUCAUCCAGUGCUUCGUUUUUGACGCCGCCGGGGACGUGCUGACCGGCGACUCCGAGGGCAACAUCCUCACCUGGACCCGCGCCGCGGGGCCGGCGGGGAAAGGGGGCAAAGCAGAGACAUACCAGAUCGGGCAGCAGAGGCGGGCGCACGAGGGCAGCGUCUUCGCGCUGUGCCGCCGGCGGGACGGGACGGUGCUGAGCGGCGGCGGCAAGGACCGCAGGGUGCUGAGCUGGAGCCCCGAGCUCCUCCUGCUGCAGGAGGCCGAGCUCCCCGAGCGUUUCGGCGCCGUGCGCACCAUCGCGGAGGGGCCGGGCGAGGAGCUGCUGGUGGGCACCACGCGCAACGCGCUGCUGCGGGGCACGCUGGCCGACGGCUUCACCCCCAUCGUGCAGGGGCACACGGACGAGGUUUGGGGUCUCGCCACCCACCCCUCGCGCUGCCUCUUCCUCACCUGCGGCCACGACCGGCAGCUCUGCCUGUGGGACGGGCAGGAGCACGCCCUGGCCUGGAGCCUGGCCCUGGAGGACACGGGGCUCUGCGCCGACUUCCACCCCGGGGGCCAAGUGGUGGUCGUGGGGCUGCUGACGGGGCGGUGGCUGGUGCUGGACACGGAGACGCAGCAGCCACUGGCGGGGGGCUCGGACGGCAACGAGCAGCUCUCGGUGGUGCGCUUCUCCCCGACGGCUCCUUCCUGGCCAUCGGCUCCCACGACAACGUCAUCUACAUCUACAGCGUGGCCGAGGGCGGCCGCAAGUACACCCGCUUCGGGCGCUGCACGGGGCACUCGAGCUUCAUCACCCACCUGGACUGGUCCAAGGACGGCCACUUCGUCAUGUCCAACUCGGGGGACUACGAGAUCCUCUACUGGGACGUGGCCGGGGGCUGCAAACUGCUCCGGAACCGCUUCGAGAGCCGGGACCGCGAGUGGGCCUCCUACACCUGCGUGCUGGGCUUCCACGUCUUCGGCGUGUGGCCCGACGGCUCGGACGGCACCGACAUCAACUCCCUGUGCCGCUCCCACCACGAGCGCCUGGUGGCCGUGGCCGACGAUUUCUGCAAGGUGCACCUCUUCCAGUACCCCUGCGCCCGCCCCAAGGCUCCCAGCCACGUCUACGGGGGCCACGGCAGCCACGUCACCAACGUGCGCUUCACCCACGACGACGGGCACCUGGUGUCGCUGGGGGGCAAGGACACCGGCGUCUUCCAGUGGCGGGUGCUGGGGGGGCCGCCGGUGCCCGCCGGGGGGGCCGCGGAGCCCCGUUGAGGCCCCCCCGUUACCCCCGUUACGGGACCAGGGGGGCCCCGGCCCCCCCCCCCCCUCAAUUUUUUACCCCCCCUCCCCUUUAAAUAAAGCCUUGGAGCGGGCGCCCGGCUCCCCGCCUGCUUCCUGCCGCCGUUACCGGGCCCCGCUUCCGGUCCGGAGCCGGAAGCGGCCGCCCGUUUCCCGGAAGCGGCGGGAGAGCGAACGGCUCCGUGCCGGAAGCGCUCGUGGGGGGGGGGGGGGUGGGGAUCGGAUCCCGAAGGUGUUCCGGAGAUACCCGAACCGCGCUCCUGAAGCGCUCGGGGCUCCGGCGGAACUUACCGAGGCCCUUCCGGAAGAAGCCGAAGGUGCUCCGGAGAUUCCCGAACUGCUUCCCGAGCUCCCUCCGAAGAUUUCCGAGCCCGCUCCGAAAGCUCCCGAACGCGGCAGCGGAGACGUUCGGAAAAGAGCCGAGCGUCUCCGGAAAGCUCCGAGGCCGUUCCGAUAAGAGCCGAGCCUUUCCGAAAGCUCCCGAGGCUGCAGCG